UACUGAGUGCGUCAUUCUCACAAGAGGAAGUGAAAGUACAGAAAGCGUUAUUAUUUUCUUCCCUGGAUGGUGAUUAACUCGCAGUAACAGCAUAUAAAGAGGCUUUCUGAACAGCAUCGCCAAUAUGUCUGUCGCAAGCCCGAAACAAACAAUAAUGAAUCCAACGAUACCUUAUGCUGGUACCAUCCUGGGCGGACUUGAGCCCGGAGAGAUGGUGCUCAUCCAGGGCAGUGUACCCGGGGAUUGUGACAGAUUCCAGGUUGAUCUGACCUGCGGGAGCAGCAUGAAGCCUCGGGCAGACGUGGCUUUUCAUUUUAACCCUCGCUUCAAGCGCUCUCCCUACAUCGUCUGUAAUACACUGCAGAAGGAGAGCUGGGGAAAAGAGGAAAUCCACUACCUGAUGCCCUUCAGACACGGCGCUGCCUUCGAGAUCGUCAUACUGGUGCAGAGAGAUGUGUUCAAGGUGGCAGUAAAUGGCUCUCACCUGCUGGAGUACAGGCACAGGUUAGAGCUCAGGAAGGUGGACACGCUGGCCAUAUCAGGGAAGGUUCAGAUUCAAGCUAUUGGGUUCAUUCCCAGUUCAAUAAGCAAGAGCUCCAUAACACCCUCACAUGCAGUUGCAAGCAAAAGAACACAGCCUUAUUCAGUCUUGUCGGAGUCAGGAGACACGAGUCUUCCAUUUAAGAGCAAACUUGUGAAAGGAUUGAGUCCAGGAGAUUCUAUUAUGGUGAAGGGGCACAUCACUGGUUCCCCAGAGAGUUAUCCCCACAGUUUUGCUGUAAACCUGCGUAUCAGUAACUCAGAGGACAUUGCUUUACACUUAAACCCUCGUUUCAAAACUGGUUCCUUCAUUCGAAACUCUUUCCUGUCUGGUUGUUGGGGGGUUGAGGAGACUUCCCUCCCCAGCUUUCCCUUCUCACCCGGUCAAUACUUUGAGAUGAUCAUCCUGUGUGAAGCUCAGGAUUUUAAAGUGGCAGUAAACGGGCUCCACCAGCUGAGUUACAAGCAUCGUGUGCAGGAUCUAAGUUGUGUGGAUGUGAUCGAGAUUGUGGGAGAUCUAGAGAUUUUGGAUGUUAAGAUUUGGUGAGCAGCUCCAGCCUGAAGACCAUCCCUGUGUUUUUUCAAAUCAAGUAUAUUUAAUCAACGUGAGACUCCUGCGACUCAAGCAAAUCUAAACCAUUUUAACUAACUUAUUCAAGUGAUAAUUCAAUUUGGACUAAAAUGCUAGGCCUGGUGUGUUUGCGUUUUUAUGGCAUUAUCACUGGCAGGUCCAAUCUGGCUGAAUAUUGUACUCCUCAACCACAUUGUCAAACAAAUAGCACAUUUGAACUUUUAUUCUUUGUUGUUUUUUUGCUUGUUUAAGUGUUGAAUUUCAGCUCUAAUUAUAAUUUAGAUAAAGUGUGAUUUGAAGGACUUGUGAUUUGAGUUCCACUGCACAGGCAGGAAGUUGUUAACUGCCCAUGACUAAGACAAACCCCAUUUGCUGAACAGUAGUUGAGGAGAUCUGGAGAUGAUCUCAACUUGAGCCUGAUGGAGGUGGAGACGACUCCACGAAAACUAAACAUGGGUCAAAAAAGGUUGAGGACCCUGGACAUAACAGAUGCAUGGGUGAAAAAAAGACACUGUCUGGCAGGAUCUAAUUUGUUUUCAGAAUCAUUCCAAGCUAAUUCCAGGCAUUUGGAAAAUUACAGAUUGUAUCUUUAAAUUUCACACUGUUAGGCCAGAAACAGGGUUAUAUAUGAUAAACAUACAAACCUUUUCACUCAUAAGUAUAAUGACUGAAGUUGUUUCCUAAAUCAUUUCAAUUCCCUUUCUGCAGGAGGUGUACAUUUUACAUCAUACAAGCAGAUAAUUUGCUAAUGGAAGGCCUUCACUAAUUAAUUUGACUUUGCAUGAUGACCCUAUAUGAAUAUCAAACCAAUAAUCACUUCACCAUUAGGUUCCAGAUCUAAAGAUAAGCGCUUUUUUAUUAAUAGUUUCUAGCAGAACUAUGCAACAUUCCAACAGCCAACCACUGCUUUUUGCUACUACCAGUUCUAAGAAUCAUCUGCUAAUUUGUGAUUUUUAUUAAUAUAUAUUAUUUUUGUUUUCUUCUGGUAUCUGUUGAUCAAUGCAUUAAAGAUUAGCAAUAUUAUAAAAACAAUGUUUAGCAGUUA